AUGUCGCUGCCGUUACCGGCUCUUCGCAGCUCCGUCUCCGCUCUCGCACGCGGCCGCACCGCAGCACCCCUCGCCUUUGCGGCGUCAUCGGGCGCAUCGACCUCGCGCACCCUACUCACCACUCCACGGCUGUUCCAGCAGAAUGGCGAGUCCCCCGCUCGCUCUCACCGACCUCGUUCCGCAUCGCAGAACCCGUCUCAGCUCCAUUCCAAGAACGAAAGCCAGGGUAUCUCUGCUGCCACGGGUCUCGAGACUAGCCGCUCCGCACCCGGCAUCCCCACUGGCAACGCCAGCACCGAGCGAAACGAGCAGACGUACGCCACCGCCAAGGGCAUGCUCGACGAGUUUGCCCAGCAGCUGUCGGCGCAGUCGAAUUCGAAGACUUCUCCUGGCGCUACCGCUUCAGGGCCGGCGACCACGACAACACCACCAUCACCGCCGCCGACGGGCGCGACCGCCUUUGCAUCGCCCCACUCCGCUCCCCCUCCGCCAACCACGCCCCUGAGCGCUCAAGCCUAUAGCCCCACUGCUCUUCCGCCGCGAGCCGACCCGCUCCUGACCUUCCUCACCAAUCUGCUGAUGAAGUCCGGCAAGAAGGCCCAGUCGGAACGCUUCGUCACCCACGCCCUGUCCCAUAUCCGCACCCUCACCAAUGCCGAUCCGCUACCCUUGCUCUACUCGGCCGUCGAGCAGGUGCGCCCGUUGGUCAAGAUGCAGUCGCGCAAGCAGGGUGGCAAGAACAUGCAGGUGCCAAUCGCUCUGACGCAAAGGCAGAGCGAGCGGAAAGCCCUGACCUGGAUCAUCGACGCCAGCAAGAAGAGGAGCGACAGAGACAUUUCCGUCAGGCUGGCGAAGGAGUUUGUCGCCAUCGUCGAAGGCUCGUCGGCCGUCAACAGCAGAAAGGAGGAGCAGCACAAGAUUGCUACCGCCAACAGGGCCAACGCCGCCGUCAGAGUCUGA